AGUUGGCUCUACUACCGUUGUCUCCGCUGCCAGCUAAGGCCAGGGGAGGGCAGGGACCCGCAGCAUCCGGGCGGGCGUGGGGCCGGAGGAAAGGGUGUCGGGGCCACACACGCACCCUCGCUGCAGUCCAGCUCCUCCCGAAGCUGGGACGCCCGGAGCGCACAGAGCGGAGGACAGCCCGCCCAGACGCCUGCCCGCCAGCACGCCCACCGGCCCGGGCGACAGCCAGGGAGCAGGCGAGGGGAGGAGGCCCAGGGGGGCGGGGUGGGGGGCGGGGGUGGGUGCUGCUGCCGCCGCGGAGCUGCUACUCAGCGCGUUUUGCAUGAAGAUGGCGGCUCCCACCGCCAGCAAGGCAGCCUCCCUGGGCUGUAACAACAAGCCUUCGUUCCCGGAGCUGGAUUUCAGGUCCGGAGCUCGGGUGGAGGAAUUGAACAAACUCAUCCAAGAAUUCACGAAGCACGACCAACGGGAAUAUGAUGACCAGAGAGCGCUGGAGAUUCACACAGCCAAGGAUUUCAUCUUUUCCAUGCUGGGAAUGGUGCAAAAACUGGACCAAAAACUUCCAGUGGCCAAUGAGUACCUGUUGCUUUCUGGAGGAGUCCGGGAAGGCGUGGUGGACCUGGACUUGGAUGAGCUGAAUGUCUAUGCCCGGGGAACUGACUAUGAUAUGGACUUUACUCUUCUGGUGCCAGCCCUUAAGCUGCAUGACCGUAAUCAGCCUGUGACACUUGACAUGCGCCACUCAGCCUUAUGCCACUCUUGGCUGAGCCUCCGGCUCUUUGAUGAAGGGACGAUCAGUAAGUGGAAAGACUGCUGUACCAUCGUCGAUCACAUCAAUGGUGCCACCAACUACUUCUUCUCCCCAACCAAAGUGGCUGACUGGUUCUAUGACUCCAUCAGCAUUGUCCUGUCAGAGAUACAGAAGAAGCCCCAGCGAGGGAUGCCAAAGGUAGAAAAGGUAGAAAAGAACGGGACUAUCAUCUCCAUCAUUCUGGGUGUGGGCAGCAGUCGCAUGUUGUACGACAUUGUCCCUGUGGUCUCCUUCAAAGGUUGGCCUGCAGUUGCCCAGAGCUGGCUCAUGGAGAAUCACUUUUGGGACGGGAAGAUCACAGAGGAGGAGGUCAUCAGUGGAUUUUACUUGGUACCUGCUUGCUCCUACAAGGGUAAGAAGGACAAUGAGUGGCGGCUGUCCUUUGCCAGGAGUGAGGUGCAACUGAAGAAGUGCAUCUCUAGCAGCCUCAUGCAGGCCUACCAAGCCUGCAAAGCCAUCAUCAUUAAACUCCUGUCCCGCCCUAAGGCUAUUAGUCCCUAUCACCUGCGGAGCAUGAUGCUCUGGGCCUGCGACAGACUUCCUGCCAACUACUUGGCUCAAGAAGACUAUGCAGCCCACUUCUUACUGGGCCUCAUCGAUGACCUGCAACACUGUCUCGUCAACAAGAUGUGCCCCAAUUAUUUCAUCCCUCAGUGCAACAUGCUGGAGCACCUGUCGGAGGAGACGGUCAUGCUCCACGCCCGGAAGCUCUCUUCCGUCCGCUCAGAUCCGGCGGAGCACUUGCGCACCGCCAUAGAGCAUGUCAAGGCAGCCAACCGGCUGACGCUAGAGCUGCAGCGCAGGGGCAGCACCACCAGCAUCCCCUCCCCGCAGUCCGAUGGAGGGGACCCCAACCAGCCUGAUGACCGCUUGGCCAAAAAACUACAGCAGCUAGUGACUGAGAACCCGGGAAAGUCCAUCUCUGUCUUUAUUAACCCUGAUGAUGUCACAAGGCCCCAUUUUAGAAUUGAUGAUAAAUUUUUCUGAGCAUUUUGCUGACUUUCCCCCACCCACCCACCACCUUCCUGGUUCUAAAACUCUCAUGAUAUGUAGUGUGGUUUGUGAUGUUGUCUUUCCGUUUUUUACAUAUCCAGCCUAGAUUGGAUCUGUUAAGAACACAAAAAGUUUCCUGGUUCUGCAGGAUGGUGCAGGCUCUGAAACAGUACAUUACUAUUUCAUAUUCUGCCUCUUAUUUUUUGUUGUUGUUUACUUUUUGUAGUUACUUUCACCUAGAUUUGUUUUUUUUGUAGGAGAACUUGAGCCAUAGAAGAAAAUGCCCAUGAAUCCUCUUGAAUUUUUCUGUUUUAUACUUGGUGCAAAUUUGCUAAUGGGGUGAGGGAAACAAAUCUCUUUCUAACAUUUAAGUAUUUUUGUUUGUUUUUAUUUUCCCCUUCUUUUUGUUUAAAGAGCUUUCAUCACUAUAGAUAUUUGAGAGAAUUGUCUGAACCUGGGUAUUAUCUGGCAUGUUAACUGAAUCGAUUUCUUUUAACCAGUGCUGGAGAAAUGCCCCCUUUUUUCCACCAAACAUUGUAGACUUUGAGUAUGGUAAUGCUACCCAAUUGGGUUUUGGAGCAACUUCACUGAAUGUAAUUGUCCUCGAAUCAGAACCUUGGAUGGUUUGGGAGGGUGUGUUUGACAGCUUUCCAACCUGAAUUAAGGUUUCCAAAUGUUAGUUUUAGCAUGUGUAAUUAUUUGAAGCCUUAUUUAAAUCCUGUUGAAGAACAUACCAUUAUAAUUGUUAUUUGCACUAAUGAAAUGUUUGCCAUUGUCAGAGUUCCAAUGUGUAUGUUUCAGUAUAAAUUGACAUCCACUGUUGAAACACUAUCAUUUUAUUUUUUUCCACCUAAACCACUUUCCUCAGUCAAAAGAAUGAUUCUUGUGUUGGUUUAGUUUUCCUUUAAUUAUGGGAUGUGUGUUGCCCUCUUGGAUCGUCUGUUUCCUUGUCUUCCUGAGAAAAGUUUUUAAAGCUUUAUACCUAUUGAUUGACUUUAUCUAAAGCUGGGGAAAGGAUCUACUUGAUAAAAUGGAUGUCUUUGUAUUUAUUUCUCUCUUACCUUUAUAGAGGUAAGCUUUUUUGUAAAGUCUCCUUACUAAGUUUUGAGGAAAACUGGCAGGAAGAAUUAUAAUCCCCAAAUUGAAGUUGCCAUGCCUGUUCAAAAGCAGGCUUAACUAUAAUGCAGGAACCAGGAAAUUUCUGUGGGUGGCACCUUGGUGGAGAGGUUUCCUGUCUUCAUGAAUAAAAUUGCUUGCCAGGUUUGGGUACCACAAGGCAUUGGCUCCCUGUUUUGGUGUGGACUCAUGGCAAACUGUGGUGUGUGAGAGAUCAAGGGGCCUGCCAAUCUCUCGAUGGAUGCCUAUAAUGUGUGCUAUUGGAAAGGCCAAGCAACAUUUUGGUUUUGAUCUUGAACAUCAAGACACAUAAGCUGAAUUUUGGCUGAUUGAAAUUAGGCAUAUGCAGUCUUGGGUAUUUGCAUGGGAAUUAAUGUAAUGCUUAUAAAUGAAAAUGAAUUCAUUCAACCAUCUUAAGUCAAACAUAAAAAUAAUAAUAAAAAAAGAAACAUACUGGCCUUG